AUGCAAAAUAUAUCUGAAAACGACCUACUGAUUUUAACUUUGACAAAUGGCAAAAAGCUUGUAGUUACAUCGGAUAAGUAUUACGGUAUAAUUUCCCUCGAUAUGUAUAAAUGUGUUUUAUGUAAAAAGGAAUUUGAGUUUAAUUAUAGCAAUAAGGAAUUCCAUAAAAAAUCAAAUAAACACAAGAAGCUGUUGGCAACGUAUCCACAUAUCGUAGAAUACGCCGAAAAUCUUAUUCGUCAGUUGGAUCCAGAGACAAAUUAUUGUACUAUUUGUGGCGUUUGCAUGUCAUCAAAGGUGGUGAAAAGACAUAUUUCUACCGAAGCUCAUAAAACUGGGAUAAACAAGGCUAGUGCCAGAUCGUUCCAAUACAAACCAUUUGAAAAUGAUACUGAAUAA